UAAAAGUGCUGUCCCGACAGCUUUUGAUUCUUUAUCCUUAAGCUGGUGUGAGGACAGGCGGGCACUUCAACAGGGGAGAAAUCCAAGCCCGGAACUGCCAUGACGAGGUCCGGCCAGUAUGUGGUGGCGGGCACUCAAGAGGAUGCCCCUGCCAAGACGGCAUCUAAUGGGAAGUUGCCGGCUUCUGCCUCAUCCGAGGAGGAGACCAUGCAGCUGAAGAAGGAGAUCUCGUUGCUCAACGGCGUCUGUUUGAUUGUGGGCAACAUGAUCGGCUCGGGCAUCUUCGUCUCGCCCAAGGGGGUCUUGGCCUACAGCGCGUCUUACGGCUUGUCCCUCGUCAUCUGGGCCGUAGGGGGUCUGUUCUCCGUCUUCGGGGCUCUCUGCUAUGCCGAGCUGGGCACCACCAUCAAAAAAUCGGGGGCCAGCUACGCCUACAUCUUGGAAGCCUUCGGCCAGCUGCCAGCCUUCAUCCGCCUCUGGACCUCCCUCCUCAUCAUCGAGCCCACCAGCCAAGCCAUCAUCGCCAUCACUUUCGCCAACUACUUGGUCCAGCCGUUCUUCCCGUCCUGCGAGGCGCCGUACCUGGCCGGACGUCUCCUGGCUGCCAUGUGCAUAUGCUUCCUGACUUUUGUGAACUGCGCCUACGUGAAGUGGGGAACCCGAGUCCAGGACCUGUCCACCUAUGCCAAGGUGCUAGCCCUCAUUGUCGUGAUCAUUGCAGGCAUUGUCCGCAUUGGACAAGGACAUUCGGAGAACUUAACGGACGCCUUCGAGGGCUCCGCGUGGGACGUGGGCAGCAUCGCGCUGGCUCUCUACUCCGCCCUCUUCUCCUAUUCCGGAUGGGACACCCUAAAUUUUGUCACGGAAGAGAUCAAGAACCCCGAAAGGAACCUUCCCCUCUCCAUUGGGAUAUCCAUGCCGAUCGUCACGGUAAUCUAUAUCAUGACCAAUGUGGCUUACUACACGGUCCUGAGCAAGAUGGAGAUCCUGUCGAGCGAUGCCGUGGCUGUGACUUUUGGUGAUCAAGUUUUUGGAGUGAUGAGUUGGACCAUACCCCUUGCUGUGGCCCUGUCCUGCUUUGGAGGCCUUAAUGCUUCCAUUCUCGCUGCUUCCAGAUUGUUUUUCGUUGGCUCCCGGGAAGGACACCUGCCAGAUGCCAUCUGCAUGAUCCACGUGGAACGGUUCACCCCUGUGCCCGCCCUGCUUUUUAAUGGAGCCAUGGCUCUGAUUUAUCUUUGCGUGGAAGACAUCUUUCAACUCAUCAACUACUACAGCUUCAGCUACUGGUUCUUUGUGGGCCUGUCCAUUGCAGGACAACUGUAUCUUCGCUGGAAGGAACCAUCUAGAGAACGUCCACUCAAGUUGACCAUUGUUUUCCCCAUCAUCUUCUGCCUCUGCACCAUCUUCCUGGUGGCUGUACCGCUCUACACCGACCCCAUCAAUUCGGCCAUCGGCAUUGCUAUCGCGGCAUCUGGACUUCCGGUCUACUUCCUGGUGGUACGGGUCCCAGACCAAAAGAAACCAAACUGCUUACGGCGAAUGACGGCCUGUGUGACCCGGAUUAUCCAGUUAGUGUCCCUGUCUGUUCUGACGGAGAUGGAUCCCGAAAUCAAAUCUCAGUGAUGCAAAAGAUGACCAUCCAAAAGAGAGGCCGGCUUCUCCCGUCAAUCCCUUGCCAUGGACUCUUUCUAAUUUAUUAUUUGAGACUUAUACUUACGAGAGGGAGAUAUAUAUAUAUAAAUAUAAUAUAUUUGUAGUUGUUAUGGGGCAGAGUGAACCUGUCGUUCGGGGUGUGUGGGGUGGACACGCUCAGUAAACGCUUAGCGCGCCACAUUAAAUUUCUUUUAAUUAUUUAAAAAAUGGUCUUCGGGAUGCAAUGUCGUUUUUUGUCACAACUUGUUGUGACCCAGGCCCAAGUAGAUAGUAGGAAAUUCAGUCAGUGUAAAAACAAGCAAACUUUAUUCGGACAGCUGAGAAUUACUUCAUUCUCAGCGUAGUUCAACUAAAUUAAAGCAAAUUCCUCCCAACACAAAUUCCUCAGUUCUCUCGCAAAUCUUGGUCCAAUUAGGCAAACUGCCAAAGGCCUUUCUUGGCAAAAGUUCAGAAGACACCGCUACAAAAUAAAUGCAACAAGACGAAGCUAUCAAUAUUGUUUUCCGGCAAAGAGCCCAAACGCCGUUGCUGGUCUUUCAAGCCUUGUGGGAUGGGCCAAUCAUCUCUUGGCCCUACUCCCGAGUCGUCCUCUUUGCUUGAGUUGCUCUUGCCUUCUGGCAACUCAUCUCAUGCGUGCAUUAGGAACAGGCUCCUCCUGUUCCUCUGCCUCACUAUUGUCAGUCUCCGGAGGCUCUGGAGUUCGCACCUCACUCCCUGAUGGCCCUGGCCCCACCUCUGCCUCCGACGCAGAGCCCUCAUCCGGGCCUUCCCCAGCCUCCAGGACUGGCCCAUGCUCUUCCUCAGCCUCAUCGCUGUCCGACUCCCGUUGCCAGCUCCGCAGGCUGCUGGCGGACCACAACACAACUCUCCAAUACAGUGUUGGCUCCUUUUUUGCAAUUUUACUUUUUAACACAGCCAUCCACAGUUGCGCCAUCUAUUUUCCAGAUGUUCAAAUCCUGACGUUUACGGGAAGCCACGAUGCAGAACAUCUGGAGGG